AUGCCUCAGCUCCUACAAGGUGUCAUCUGUGUCAUCGAGACUUUCCAAAAAUAUGCAAGAGAGGAAGGUGAUUGUUGGACACUAAGCUCGGGACAGCUAAAGCAGCUCCUCCUGGGGGAGAUUGGGGAGUUUCUGAAGCCAUUUGAUAUUCUUACCGCAGGAACCAACUCAAAUCUUUUGGAUAGAUAUGGUGAUAAUUCCAUCAGCUUCGAUGAAUUUCUCCUCCUGGUCUUUGACUUGUUGGAUAUAGUUUACCAAGACAUACAGUCUUUCCUGAAUCGGGAACCUGAAGCAGAAUCCGAUGCCGAGGAAGAGUUGUCAAGGGACAUGGAAGCAUGUGAGACCAGUGAACACUACCAAGAAGAUGCAGGAUUGGGUCAGUAUGAGCAGAGACUGACAGGUACUGAAUCUCCAUCUCUGGUCAACCCCCUAGAAAAAGGACCUGACAGACUAACCAAAGAGAACCCUCAGGAUGACCUUGAGACUCCCAGAUUGCCAGGAAGAGAAGUUGAGCACAACCACCCUAAGAGUCAAUCCCAAGAUGAAGGAGAUGAGCAGAGCCCAGAAAGAAUGCAAGUCCAGGCAACAGGAGGUGAUCAAGUCCCGCCUGAAGAAAAAAGGUCACCCAAGGAAUUUGUGAAGAGAGCCUGUUCUCGAAAGGAGGAGGAGAAUAUAAGUGAGGGAAAUGAAGUGUCCAGAGGGCGAGGUGGCACAAACACAAGGGAUCAGCCAUCAGAGCAGGAAGAGGAACAAAACAUUGAGAUUCGGAGUGUACGUACAGAAGAAAGGGCACACAAAGCGUCUGAGAGUCAGGAGGAGACCCUCAUAAAGGAGGCUGGGGAACACACUGAGACACAAGAACCAUCAUCCCAAGAGAAUCAUGAGAGAAAAUCAGAGACAGUUGACCUGUCAACAGACAGGGCUGAGGAAAAACUAUCUGAAACCAAGAGAUUGCCAGACUACAGGGAUGAUGAUGGAGCUGCAGAUAUCCAAGAGCCACCAGUACAGAGAGAAUAUGAAACUCAAGACAUGCUAGCCAAAGGUAAUGGCAGUAGAGUCUCAGAGACAGAAGUGCUUGUAGAUGAGAGGAAAGGGAAGAGAAAACCUGAGAACCCAGAAACGGUUGGGCAAAAAGUAAAUGAGGAAGACAAUCAAAUGGAAACUUUCACUGAACAAGAGCCUGAUGGGAAGGAAAGGCAACUUGAGGGACUAGCAGAAGAUGGGGACAUUAGGAAAGACUCUGUAACCCCAGACUUACAAUCAAGAGAUGAUCAGAACCACCCUGAACACAAAGGACCAGCAGCCUCAGACGAGGAGGUCACAGUUUCUGAACUAAGCGAACCAGAAUUCUCAGGAGACAAUAGGAGUGCCUCUGUGGCAGAGAGAACAUCAGAAACAAAAGACAGGGUGCAAGGAUCAGGACUGAAAGAUAACCAGUCUGGAGGAAAAAAUGGGAGAGUCGCUCAGACUCUGGACCAACCAACUGAGCAAUAUGAUAAACACAAGGCGGAGAAUCAGAAUGACGGGACACUCUCUGAAACACACAAUAAUCAAGGAGAUGUGGAGAGUGGCUCAGCACCAAGGGACCUGCCUGCACAAAGGAACUGCCAGAGACAAGCGAAUGCCCAGGAACAGCCUGACCAAGAAGAUGGCAAGAAUCCCCAGGAAUCCCCAAUACUAGGUGACAAAAGUAAAACCCCCAAAACAGAGGUGCCAAUAGACAGAGAACACAAUGAGAAUACCACAGAAAAACUGGAACAACUCACCAAAGAAAAGGAGAAGAAACCAGCAGUGACUAAAACACCAGCCACAAUUGAGGAGUCUGAGAGUCAGCCAGGGGCUCAGGAAUCCAUGAAACAAAAGGUAACAGCAACAUCCCCAAAGACAGAGAUCACAGAUCCUACAGAUGAUAAUGAUGAUGGGCAGCUUUCCACAGUACAGGAAUCAGAGGGAAAAAACCAAGGGAAAGACCCAGAGGCUCAUGGCCCAGAUGCAAAAGAAGAAGGGGAAGAGUCUGAGAGCCAGGAAGCCCCAUUAGAAGGUCGGGACCCAGAAACACAAGCUCUCACCCUGGAUUCAAGUUCUGAUACCCUGAACCCAGUGACGAAGGAAGACAAUAGCCCCCAGAGGCUAGCAGGAGAAGUGAGGGAACAGCACGUGGUGAAUAAAGAAGAUAAUUCUUCACCAGGGCUCUCAGAGCAGGUAGAGAGGAAAGCCAGAGACACAGAGCCUUGUUCAUCCUCAGGAGAUGAAGUACAUUCCAACCGAAUAUAUGAAAAUGUACAGAUGACACCUGCACAGCCUGACCUCCCAGCCCCCGAAGAGCACCCAAGUCAAACUGAUACAACUCAGGCCUUUGGCCCUGAAUUGAGGAUAGAGAGAGAACCUCAGAGGAGUAAGACUUCUGAGUGCUCAGCCCUCCUUGAUCCACUCUGUGGCUACAGGCAAGAGCCAAGGCUUCAAGUAGGGGACCCUGAGGCUGAUGAAGAUCAUGGCAGCCAGCAAAAGACCCUAGCAUCUCAGUCACAGGAAGAUGGCCAGCUUCAGCAAGACCAGCAACAACAAAGGGAUGGCAGCCCAAAAAAGUGUUGA